AUGACAGGAUAUGAAGGGGCAUCACUUAAUCCAGAGGGGCUAUCUGGAAAAAUGAUUUUCGAGCCGAUUCUCGAGGAGGGAAUAUUCCGCUUUGAUUGUUCUGUAGACGAUAGAAGUGCUGCAUUUCCCAGCAUUUCUUUUCAGAAUCCAAAAGCCAGGGAUACACCACUUUCAAAUGUCCACCAAGUUCCAGCUUACAUUCCCAGUUUUGAAUGUGUUUAUGGACAACAAAUAGUUAAUAUAGAGUUUCCGCCAAACACCUCCUUUUAUGGAACUGGAGAAGUUAGUGGGCAGCUUGAGCGAACAGGGAAGAGGAUUUUUACUUGGAACACUGAUGCUUGGGGCUAUGGCCCUGAGACCACUUCCUUGUACCAAUCACACCCUUGGGUUCUUGCCGUUUUGCCAAGUGGGGAGGCUUUAGGAGUUCUUGCUGAUACAACACGACGGUGUGAGAUAGAUUUGCGGGAAGAAUCGCACCUGAAGCUUAUUUCCACAGUAGCUUACCCUGUCAUUACAUUUGGUCCAUUUGCUUCGCCAACUGAUGUUCUUGUAUCUUUCUCUAGAGCAGUUGGUACUGUAUUUAUGCCGCCAAAGUGGUCCUUGGGCUACCAUCAAUGUCGCUGGAGCUAUGAUUCAGAUGCACGAGUUCGUGAGAUUGCGAGGACAUUCCGAGAAAAGGGUAUACCUUGUGAUGUCAUAUGGAUGGACAUAGAUUACAUGGAUGGAUUUCGUUGUUUCACCUUCGACAAGGAGAGGUUUUCAGAUCCAAAAUCUCUAGUAGACGAUCUUCACAAUAAUGGGUUCAAAGCUAUCUGGAUGCUCGAUCCAGGUAUUAAAAAAGAAGAGGGCUAUUUUGUGUACGACAGUGGAUCGAAAAGUGAUAUCUGGAUUCAAACUGCUGGUGGAAAACCUUUUGUUGGUGAUGUGUGGCCGGGCCCAUGUGUAUUUCCUGAUUUCACCCAAUCGAGUGCCCGUUCAUGGUGGGCUAAUCUGGUUAAAGAAUUUAUUGCCAAUGGUGUGGAUGGUAUAUGGAAUGAUAUGAAUGAACCAGCUGUUUUUAAGACUGUAACAAAAACGAUGCCAGACAGCAACAUUCAUCGGGCAGAUUCAGAACUUGGAGGCCAUCAGAACCAUUCACACUAUCAUAAUGUUUAUGGUAUGCUGAUGGCUAGAUCAACAUAUGAAGGCAUGAAACUAGCAAAUGAGAAAAAACGACCGUUUGUUCUGACUCGAGCUGGAUUUGUUGGUAGCCAAAGGUAUGCUGCAACAUGGACAGGAGAUAACCUGUCUACCUGGGAGCACCUCCACAUGAGCAUCUCUAUGGUUCUUCAAUUGGGGCUGAGUGGGCAGCCACUUUCGGGCCCGGAUAUUGGUGGGUUUGCUGGUAAUGCCACGCCAAAGAUGUUUGGAAGGUGGAUGGGAUUUGGUGCCAUGUUUCCAUUUUGUCGUGGGCAUUCUGAGACUGAUACUGUCGAUCAUGAACCUUGGUCUUUCGGGGAAGAGUGUGAGGAAGUUUGCCGACUGGCAUUACGGAGAAGAUAUCGGCUUUUACCCCACAUAUAUACUCUCUUUUACAUGGCUCAUAUGAGGGGUGUUCCAGUGGCUACUCCAACAUUCUUUGCUGAUCCUAAAGAUUUGGAGCUAAGAAAGCAUGAAAAUUCAUUUCUCUUGGGACCACUGCUCGUAUAUGGAAGCACAGGAAAAGACGAGGAGUUGUACCAAAUGCAUCACAAGUUGCCUAAAGGAUCCUGGUUCAGUUUUGAUUUUGAGGAUGCUCAUCCGGAUUUGCCUGCAUUAUAUCUUCAAGGUGGUUCGAUUGUCCCGGUGGCCCCUCUUCACCAACAUGUUGAUGAAGCUAAAUUUACAGAUGAUUUAUCACUGCUAGUAGCUUUAGAUGAGAACGGUAAAGCUGAAGGUUUUCUCUUUGAAGAUGAUGGUGAUGGAUAUGAAUACACUAAAGGAGGUUAUCUCUUGACAACUUAUGCUGCUGAAAAGCACUCUUCCGUGGUUAUUGUGAAGGUUUUGAAAACCGAAGGCUCUUGGACGAGGCCAAAUCGUAGGUUAAACGUGAAACUUCUCCUUGGGAAAUGUGCGAUGAUUGAUGCAUGGGGCGUCGAUGGAGAAACUCUGGAAAUUCCAUUGCCUCCGGAAAGAGAAAUGUCUGAUUUUGUGCUUGCUGGUGAAAAGCAAUUCAGAACUCGUUUAGGAAGUGCUAAACGUAUUCCGGACCAGGAUAAUUUCACUGGACACAAGGGUACAGAACUAUCAAGAACGCCAGUCGAAAUAAAAAGUGGCGAUUGGGCUUUGAAAGUUGUACCAUGGAUUGGAGGUAGAGUGAUUUCAAUGCAGCACCUCCCGUCAGGUACUCAGUGGCUUCAUAGCCGAGUUGAUAUCAAUGGCUAUGAGGAGUACAGUAGCGUGGAGUACCGAUCAGCAGGAUGCUCUGAAGAAUAUUUAGUUGUUGAGCGGGGAAUGGAGUUAGCAGGAGAAAUGGAGUCACUGCAAUUAGAAGGUGAUAUUGGAGGUGGUUUAGCCCUCGAACGACAGAUAUAUAUUCCGAAAGACAAUAAGAAGAUUAUCUGUAUAGAUUCGGGCUUAGUGGCCCGCAAAGUUGGUGCUGGAUCUGGAGGAUUUUCAAGGCUUGUGUGUUUGAGAGUGCACCCCACAUUCAAUUUGCUGCACCCUACUGAAUCAUAUGUAUCGUUUACCGCCAUUGAUGGGUCCAAACGUGAGAUUUGGCCGGAAUCCGGUGAACUUGCUCUCCAAGGAGACCUUCGCCCAAACGGUGAAUGGAGGCUCGUCGAUAGAUGUCUCGGUUUGGCUCUAGUAAACCGGUUUAAUACAGCUCAAGUUUACAAAUGUCUAAUUCACUGGGGAACGGGCACAGUCAAUCUGGAGCUCUGGUCAGAAGAGAGGCCCGUCUCAAAGGACUCUCCACUUAAAGUAUCUCAUGAGUACGAGGUAACUGAAAUAAAACCUUAG